AGUUGACCUGUUUUCUACUCCAGAUUACCAGAAACAAAAAAUGGGUGGGCUAGGUGGCUCACCAAGUAGAGGGCUUGCUCCCCCAGACUCCACAUAUCAGAGUGAACCUACUGCAUCUUGCCUUCUGAUGUCCACACUUGUGUUGAAAUGUACAAGCACAAAAUAAAUGACAAAAAAACAUGUUUUUUAGUGUCCCACAGUUCUGAAUAUCUAGUUAUUAUAUGUAUAGGAGCACCAUGUGUCUGCCUGGGGCCAAAGGAAGUCAGAAGAGAGUUUUGUGGUACUGGGAAUCAAACCUUGGUCCUCUGCAAAGGCAACAAGUGUUUUUAAUUGCUGAACCACCUCUUGAGCCCCCAAGGGUUCAGAACAGUUGACGAACACUGAGUUAGGCUGAUUCUUACCUGGAUUCUGUAGGUUAUUAAGUUGCCUUUUGUUGACUGUAUGUCACAGAUGGGCAACCUUUUUCUGGAAAGGGCAAGAUACUAAAUAUUGAGUUGUUUUAGAUCUUAGCUGAAAUUGUUGAACGCUGUCAACUCUACCAUGAUAGCCUGAACUAUGGUUAAAUUUAAUGACUUAUAGAGCCCAAAUUUAAAAACAGUGUGGGGCUGGAGAGAUGGUUCAGUGGUUAAGAGCACUGGCUGCUCUUCCAGAGAACUCAUGUUCAAUUCCCAUCGCCCACAUGGCAGCUUGGAACUGUCUAUAACUCCAGUUCAAAAGGAUCUGACACCCUCACACAGACGUGAGAAAAACCACCAAUGCACAUAAAAAUCAUUUUUUAAACAUUUUAAAAUAUUUUUACAUUUAUUUGUGGGUGUUCAUACGUGUGUGUGUGUGUGUGUGUGCGCGCGCGUGCAUGUGUAUGUAUGUGUCAUGGCUCACUUGUGGACGCCAGACUUGUAGAAGUAAGUUUUCUCCUAUGUGCAUGCUGCUUAUUGGACUCAGGUCAUCAGGUUUGGCAGCAGGCUUUUGCUAGUGACCUUGCUGGCCCUAGAUAAAUACAUCUUAUUUUCCCGUCAUGAAAUGUUUCUAUGCUUUUUAGCCAUUUAAAUCUUUACACUACUUUUACUAUGGAUAGUGUAAUUGGCAGCAAGCCAGAUUGGCUGUAGUUUACCAACUAUGGUAGUAUUUCAAUCAAUAUAGGCCACUGAUUGGAACUUUUCAUUCAGUAAAACAACACAUCUGUUGCUGAUUUUGAAUAUCUGAGGUACGUGGUGAUUGAUUUAUGUGUCUUUUAUUUCUUGUACCUUAGGAGUACCUUUAAGGGAAACGGUAUUUCUCUGAGGUCUGUAUCCUGCCUUGAUUGCCUUUUCUUGAAGUAUUGUAACAGGAUGUCGACACAGUCGGUGGAAGAAGAUUCAAUACUUAUCAUCCCAAAUCCAGAUGAAGAAGAAAAAAUUCUGAGGGUGAAACUAGAGGAGGAUCCUGAUGGUGAAGAGGGAUCAAGCAUUUCCUGGAACCAUAUCCCUGACCCAGAGGUUUUCCGACAGCGGUUCAGGCAAUUUGGAUACCAGGAUUCACCAGGACCCCGAGAGGCUGUGAGCCAGCUUCGAGAACUUUGCCGCCUGUGGCUCAGACCAGAGACACACACAAAGGAGCAGAUACUGGAGCUGGUAGUGUUGGAGCAGUUUGUUGCCAUCCUACCCAAGGAGCUACAGACCUGGGUUCGAGAACACCACCCAGAGAAUGGAGAGGAGGCAGUGACCGUUCUAGAGGACUUGGAGAGUGAACUCGAUGACCCUGGACAGCCGGUUUCUCUCCGUCGCCGGAAACGGGAAGUGCUUGUUGAAGAGAUAGCAUCUCAAGAAGACACUCAGGGAUUACCAAGUUCCGAGCUUGAUGCUGUAGAAAACCAGCUCAAGUUGGCAUCCUGGGAACUCCACUCUCUGAGGCACUGUGAUGACGAUGCUAGGACAGAAAAUGGAGCGCUGGCUCCAAAGCAGGAGAUGGCUUCAGCAGUAGAAUCUCAUGAAGUUCCUGGCACUCUUAAUAUAGGUGUUCCUCAGAUUUUUAAAUAUGGAGAAACCUGUUUUCCCAAGGGCAGGUUUGAAAGAAAGAGAAAUCCCUCUCGAAAGAAACAACACAUAUGUGACGAAUGUGGAAAACACUUCAGUCAGGGCUCAGCCCUUAUUCUUCAUCAAAGAAUCCACAGUGGGGAGAAACCGUAUGGCUGUGUGGAGUGUGGGAAAGCCUUCAGCAGGAGCUCCAUCCUUGUGCAACACCAGAGAGUCCACACUGGAGAAAAACCUUACAAAUGUCUUGAAUGUGGGAAAGCCUUUAGCCAGAAUUCGGGGCUCAUUAAUCAUCAGCGAAUCCACACUGGAGAGAAACCUUAUGAAUGUGUUCAGUGUGGGAAAUCCUAUAGUCAAAGCUCAAAUCUUUUUAGACAUCAGAGAAGACACAAUGCAGAAAAACUUUUGAAUGUUGUGAAGGUUUAAGAAAUUAGGAGGAAACAAUCAGCACUCAGGUCUUUUUCUUCAGAAAUGAAGACAAAAUUAAAAACAUGAAGUGAUACAGAAACGAGUUUUUCCUGUUGAUGGAAAAAUCCACCAGGAAAUAAUAACAACAACAAAAUCUUCAUUUACCAUUAUCAUCUUGAAAGAAAUGGUGUUAUACCUUCCUAGAAACUGAAAUUUUAAAUAAUUCAGGUAUUAAUACCUAAAAAUUUCCAUGUGAUGUUUAUAUUUUCUUUUUUUUCUUCCCAAGUAAUGAGCUACCUGAUUCCUUGUCCCUUUUUUAACAAUUUCCUUUUUUCAGACAGAUACUUUAUUUCUAUGUUGGUCAUUGGAGUGUUGUUUUAUAAAGGUACACACCUUUCUGUUUUAAAAGGCAACACAGGAAUUGUAUAAUCUGAAAGCCCAUCUUCAAGCACUUAAAAACAUCUUUUGAAAGUUUACUGUUUCCUUUUGUUCAGUUUGAGUAUAUUUGAGAAAAUAGAGGAUGAAGGCUGGCCAAAGCCUCAAAGUCAAAUGAGCCUUAAGAUCUUGGAUGAGUGAUGGUAGCAAAACUGCAAAGAGUGAAAGGGGGAAAUUGGGGAAGUUACACAUUGAAGUGUAUCAGUUAAAUACAGUCAUCCUGCAGGAAAUCAAAACAAAAAACUGACUUUACCCAACUUGUGGGUAUCUUACUAAUUAAAACAGUUUUCCUGUGUAAAAAUAGACCAUCGUAAAAGUGAUGGUAAAUAUAACACUAAGGAAGAACUUGUAGUAAAUGCCGGUGUUGAAAGGCAAAUGUAAAGUUAAGGUAAUUAUGGCUUUUAGAAAAAACUCAAAAACCUAACUCAUUUUGCCCUCAUCCUAGUUAAGGACAGGAAAUUCCUUGAUUGGGGGCAGCAAUAUCAGGUUUGCUAUUUUUAUUCCUUUGGUAGAAAAGGAUUGAGCACCAGGCUAAAACAGCCAUACAUUUAUUAAACAUUUCUACCGACAAUGCACUGUGCUAGGUACUGUAAUCCUACCAUAAGUAGGUAAUUGUUUCUCUGUAAGUCACAAGGGGUUUCCCCAUCAGCAUUCCCAGGUCACCUCUAAGAUUCCCAGAGCUGUACUUCUCUUACUAAUGUGUGUGUUUGGAGGGAGAGACAUCAGCUCGAGAGCUAGCAGCAAGUCAGCUCUUAGCAUUCUUCAGAGGUGAGCUCAAGAUGCACUCUUUUAGUUUGAAAGCUUAUGAAGCUUAAAAGUCCAAACAUAAUUUGUAGUAGCAUUGUGGUUCUAACUGCACAUUAAGUUUAAACAUUUAGACAAUUAAUAACUAGUUUAUUAACUGGCAGAGUUAAUUGAUUUUUUUUUAAAUUUACAGUCUUAACAUUUUUUUUUAAAAAGUAUUAAAAUAAUACAUUUUAGUAAUAGGAUUCUGAAUGCUUUGGCUACGAAUCCAAGUACUGUGGUUCUACUGUUUAAUGGAAAACUCUGGAAGUUAAAGCAUUGAGUAUGAGAAAAGGCGUUUUUAUGUAAGACAGGCAUUGUUACAUGGAAAAUGAUCCAUGCAAGUACAAAUAUUUCAUAGAUCCAGUGAUUUGGGUUAUAUCUGAUGCUUUGUUGAUUUUUAAGGUGAAAAAUGAGAUUUUUUUUUUUUUUUUUUUGCGUGAGCCUGUUGAAAAACAGUAAUAAAUGCAAUGCCAGCUGGUAAAGUGAGGCAGAAUGAAGCUUGUUUAUAGAUUUUUCUGAUAACAAUUAUAAGAAAUGUGCUUUAUAGAUUAAGAUUUAUUGAAGUCUAAAUAUGUAGUAAUGCUAUAAUGUAUUUUUAAGUUAUACAAGAAAAUGUAGGGACUUUUGUUUGGGUCUUUUCUCUGUGGCUGAGAGGAAACAAGUCAAUGUCCAAUAAAGCUGCAAACUCCUCUGCUCCGAGAUAAAGUA